CCGAUGGCGGCGACGGUACAAGCCCAUCACUAACGCCGAUACUUUUGCUUCACUUUGGGAAAACCUGAGAUCUUCCAUCCCUCCAACGCUAGCUUAAUCGUGUAGACGGCCCAGAGUCCGCGAUUAAACCUAGAUAGAAGCUCCGCCUGCGAAACAACGCCCACUCGAACGGAAAACUCCGGCGAACCGAAGAAACUACGUGUGGUUGGAUAUUGACAUCAUUUUGCAUUCCAAGUGCAUUUAGCUGCCACGAUGGCUGAGACAUUUACGUUUGGAACUUCCCUAGCGUCCAUUACAUGCCACGCCUGGAACAAGGACCGCACGCAGAUUGCUUUAUCGCCGAACAACCAUGAGAUCCACAUAUACAGCCGCGAUGGCAACGACUGGAAGCUGGCGGAUGUGCUCAACCAGCAUGAUCUGCGGGUUAUGGGCAUAGACUGGGCCAAGAACACCAACCGCAUCGUAAGCUGUGCCGCCGACCGAAACGCCUAUGUGUGGUCGCAGGGUGAGGACGGAAAGUGGAAACCGACGCUAGUGCUGCUGCGCAUCAAUCGGGCGGCUACUUGUGUCAAAUGGUCGCCAUCAGAAAAUAAGUUCGCUGUGGGAUCUGGAGCCCGGCUCAUUUCUGUGUGCUACUUUGAGUCGGAAAAUGACUGGUGGGUGUCCAAGCACAUUAAGAAGCCCAUUCGAUCGACGGUUACUUCGUUGGACUGGCACCCCAACAAUGUUCUUUUGGUGGCCGGAUCAACGGACUACAAAGUGCGGGUGUUCUCUGCCUUCAUUAAGGACAUCGAGGAGCCGCCAACGCCAACACCGUGGGGCAACCGAAAACCGCUUGGUCAGCUAAUGGCGGAAUUCCGUAACUCGCAAACCUCCGGUGGCGGAUGGAUUAACAGUGUUAGCUUCUCCAGCGAUGGCAACAAAGUAUGCUGGGUAGGUCACGAUAGUUGCGUCAAUAUUGCCGAUGCAACCAACGGGAAUGCUGUAGUUCGCUGUCGUACCGGCUACCUGCCUUUCCUCUCCUGCGAGUGGGUGUCGCCCUCCUCCGUUGUUGUGGCCGGAUACAGCUGUGUCCCGCUUCUCUACAGUCUUACUGCGGAUGGGAAGCUGGUGCUAAGCGGCAAAUUGGACAAGUCGCAGAAGCGGGAAGCCAGCGGCAUUACCGCCAUGCGCAUAUUCCAGUCGAUGGAUCGCAACAUGCGUACUGAAAACACGGACACGGUGGUGGACUCUAUUCAUCAGAACGCCAUCACAAGUGUACGACUUUACGCCGGGGACAAGGCGUGCGCCAACAAAGUGUCCACUUCUGGUGUCGACGGACAGUUGGUCAUCUGGACCGUUGAGCAGGGUGGUAUCAAUGGAGGAAUGCGCAACCUUCAGAUCUAGGGUGUCUGGAUUCUAGAGUAACGUGUUAUUGUCUGUUAGCGAGUGUGUUGGCCUGGCCAGGUGCGCAGUAUUUGCCAAAAUGUUUUUCAAAAUCGCUUUUCCCCAUUGUUUUGUACCGUGCGAGAAAGCAUUUUUACAUAAAUUAACUGGAGAGAUUGUUCUUUUCUUCCACUUCCAUAAUGGUUCCGAAAGUCUGUGUGUAUGUUUUAAUGUGUUUCGCCUUUAUAGCAAACUGAAUAAAAUGUUUUUAUUCUUAACAUUUA